ACAUGCACACGAUUAAAGUCAUCGUUUGCAUUGUUUGAUCCCGUAUUUUUCUCGAAUCUCGAUCUCGAUCACUUUUUUUAACUUUAUUUAUUUGGUAUUUUUUAUUCCUAGUUGAAGGUGAUUGUGAUAGUGGGUGGUGAUGGGUAAGGUGGGGGUGACAGCUGCGGUGGUCGUCGGGGCCGCCGUGUGUGCGGCGGUGGGGCUGCUUGUACGGAAUCAGCUUAGGAGUUCGGGACAAUGUGCACGUGCGGAUGCUAUACUUAAGGAGUUUAAAGACAAGUGUGGGGCCCAGAAUUCGAAGCUGAAACAGGUGGCGGAUGCAAUGACGGUGGAGAUGCAUGCCGGGCUUGCGUCGGAGGGGGGGAGUAAGCUCAAAAUGCUUAUUAGUUAUGUUGAUAAUCUUCCCUCAGGUGCCGAGGAAGGGGUAUAUUAUGCAUUGGACCUUGGUGGAACAAAUUUUCGGGUACUUCGCGUGCAAUUGGGAGGGACGGAGAGAGGAAUUAUUAAUCGAGAAUUCAGAGAGGUUUCCAUUCCUCCAAAUUUGAUGGUUGGGACAUCACAGGAACUUUUUGAUUAUAUUGCAGCAGAACUUGCAAAGUUUGUUGCUCAGGAAGAGGACAGAUUUCAUCUUCCUUUUGGUAGGAAGAGGGAAUUAGGUUUUACUUUCUCCUUUCCCGUGAUGCAAACUUCAAUAAAUACCGGGACUCUUGCAAGGUGGACCAAAGGUUUCUCUAUUGAUGAUGCGGUUGGUAAAGAUGUGGUAGGCGCACUAUCAAGUGCUAUGGAACGACAAGGUGUUGAUAUGCACGUGUCUGCUCUGGUUAAUGACACAGUAGGCACAUUAGCUGGCGGAAAAUAUGCCAACAAGGAUGUUGCAGUGGCAGUAAUUAUGGGCACUGGUACAAAUGCAGCUUAUGUGGAGCGUUCUCAAGCAAUACCUAAAUGGCAUGGCCCUCAAUCUGAAUCAGGAGAGAUGGUUAUAAAUAUGGAAUGGGGAAACUUUAGGUCCUCGCAUCUUCCCCUCACAGAGUAUGAUAUUGGGCUAGAUGCUGAAAGUUUGAACCCUGGUGAACAGAUGUUUGAAAAGCUAACUUCUGGAAUGUAUCUGGGAGAGAUUGUCCGCAGAGUUCUAUGUAGGAUAGCUGAGGAAUCUACGCUUUUUGGUGACACAGUUCCACCAAAGCUUAAGACGCCAUUUAUAUUAAGGACUCCUGACAUGUCUGCGAUGCAUCAUGACACAUCAUACGAUCUGAAAGUGGUCGGAAGUAAAUUGAAGGAUAUAUUGGAGAUAUCCAACACUAGCCUGAAAGCGAGGAAAUUGGUGGUUGAGCUAUGCAGUAUCGUUGCCACACGUGGUGCUCGACUAGCUGCAGCUGGAAUCUUGGGCAUCUUGAAGAAAAUGGGAAGAGAUAUUUCCAGGGAUGGAGAACCACAGAGGACAAUUAUAGCCAUGGACGGUGGAUUAUAUGAACAUUAUACUGUAUAUCGCGUGUGCUUAGAAACCACACUCAGAGAAUUGCUGGAUGCUGAAGUGUCAAAAAAUGUAGUCUGUGAGCAUUUCAAUGAUGGAUCAGGCACUGGUGCUGCUCUUCUUGCUGCCUCACAUUCCUCUUAUGCAAGCUAAUCUGGAAAUACUGAUCAGGCCCUGAUUACGUUGAAGGAAUCAUAUCCGUGCUGCAUUUUCUUCAAAGUUAGAUUUUGUCGAAGGAGAUCAUCCCUGGUCUGCAUUUCUUCUAAGUUCUUUUUUCAUUCCUUUUUCUGAAGCCUUGCUGUUCUAAUGUGUUAUGCUAAAUGAGAUUCUAGUUCUUCUAACAGUUUACUGUCCCAAAUAUAUAAUUAAGCACAUAUAUAUAAUUUUUGUAAAACGAAUUUAUCGACCUAUUGGCAUAAAAAGAUUUAAUUAUGCUCAAAUCUUUUACAUCUAUGAAAUGAGUAUGGAAUUCUGUUGGUUA